AUGAGUAAUCGUCCCUGUACUGACAACACUAACAUGAGUAAUCGUCCCUGUACUGACAACACUAUCAUGAGUAAUCGUCCCUGUACUGACAACACUAUCAUGAGUAAUCGUCCCUGUACUGACAACACUAUCAUGAGUAAUCGUCCCUGUACUGACAACACUAACAUGAGUAAUUGUCCCUGUACUGACAACACUAUCAUGAGUAAUCGUCCCUGUACUGACAACACUAUCAUGAGUAAUCGUCCCUGUACUGACAACACUAACAUGAGUAAUUGUCCCUGUACUGACAACACUAUCAUGAGUAAUCGUCCCUGUACUGACAACACUAUCAUGAGUAAUCGUCCCUGUACUGACAACACUUUCAUGAGUAAUCGUCCCUGUACUGACAACACUAUCAUGAGUAAUCGUCCCUGUACUGACAACACUAUCAUGAGUAAUCGUCCCUGUACUGACAACACUAUCAUGAGUAAUCGUCCUUGUACUGACAACACUAACAUGAGUAAUCGUCCCUGUACUGACAACACUAUCAUGAGUAAUCGUCCCUGUACUGACAACACUGACAUGAGUAAUCGUCCCUGUACUGACAACACUAUCAUGAGUAAUCGUCCCUGUACUGACAACACUAUCAUGAGUAAUCGUCCCUGUACUGACAACACUAUCAUGAGUAAUCGUCCCUGUACUGACAACACUAUCAUGAGUAAUCGUCCCUGUACUGACAACACUAUCAUGAGUAAUCGUCCCUGUACUGACAACACUAUCAUGAGUAAUCGUCAUUGUACUGACAACACUAACAUGAGUAAUCGUCCCUGUACUGACAACACUAUCAUGAGUAAUCGUCCCUGUACUGACAACACUAUCAUGAGUAAUCGUCCCUGUACUGACAACACUAUCAUGAGUAAUCGUCCCUGUACUGACAACACUAACAUGAGUAAUCGUCCUUGUACUGACAACACUAACAUGAGUAAUCGUCCCUGUACUGACAACACUAACAUGAGUAAUCUUCCUUGUACUGACAACACUAUCAUGAGUAAUCGUCCCUGUACUGACAACACUAACAUGAGUAAUCGUCCUUGUACUGACAACACUAACAUGAGUAAUCGUCCCUGUACUGACAACAGUAACCUCACGAGUAAUCGUCCCUGUACUGACAACACUAAGCAACAUGAGUAA